AGGAUUGGGUUCAAAGGCUGCCAGACAUCAGGCAACGUGUUCGUGGCACGUGCCGGCAUGGAGAACUUUCUCAAGGUCAAGGUAUUCAAAGGCCUUGCGGCAACAACGGAGCUGUUGGAUCUAAAAGUGGAGAGAAACUCGGUGGUCUUUGACCUCAUGGUGACCAUCAAGAAGGAACUCCAGAUUCACUGGCGCCGCCAGCGGCUUCUGUGCAACGGAGAAAGCCUGGAGGAACAUGCGAGGUGGUCAGACAUCACUCAAGACGAGACCGUGGACAUCCUCCUGCUCCACUGUGAUCACCGGCACCGAGAGCCCAUCGUGGAUCGCGAGAAGAUGCUCGCCAUGGUGCGGGGUUCCGCUGACUCUUUGGCCUUCGCUUCAGAGGAUUUGAAGAACGAUCGUGAGGUGGUGACAGUGGCUGUGAUGCAGUGGGGUGAGGCCUUGCAAUAUGCCAGCCGCAGUUUGCAGAAGGAUCCGGAGAUCCUCAGGCUGGCGAUGGCCAAGGACCCUCGAGCCUUUUGCCGUGCUGGAAAGAUACUACGCAAAGAUCAAACAUUUGCCACCUGGGCAGUGCAUUUUGAUCCUGACAUGAUGCGAUUCGUCCACGAGGAGCUGCUGAAAAACAAGGACUUCAUGAAGCACCAUGUACAGCGCUGUGCUUCAUUGAUACGCUAUUCAACAGCUCGCCUGGACAAAGAGACCGUGCUCGGGGCGAUGGAGCAGGAUGGCUUAGCCUUGGAGUUUGUGAACCGUCCCCCGAACCGCUACGCUCAGGACGCCGACGUGGUCCGCGCCGCGGUGAGACAAAACGGCCUCGCCUUGCGCUUCGCCUCGGAGGUCCUCCGAGAGGAUGUACAGAUGGUGCGUGAGGCGCUCGAGUCGGAUGAGCGUGCUCUGAAGUUUGUGAGCUCCAAAGACCUGGUGUGCAAGCUGGUGAGUGAAAGGCCUUCUGCGCUCAAGCAUGCUCAAUGGGACUUUCACGAGGAUGCCGAGGUGGUGGAAGCCGCCUUUGCGUCCGAUCCGGCAAGCCUCAUGUUCGCUGGCACCCAGGCGGCGCUCCACAUGAUUUCCAAGCAUGGGAAUGUCUUGGAACUUCUGAAGCCAUCGCUCCGACGGGAUGAGCGUGUGCUGGCAGCCGUCGCCGAGUUCGCGUCUGGUGGAGCAUGCCGACGUCAGGAAGCUUCAGGACUUCCUUGACCUGCGCGCGUGAGAACAA